GCGCGGCGCCGCUUCCGGCGCGCAAGCCCCGCCCCCCGCGACGCGACGCGCGGUCACGUGACUGCCGCGCGCGCGCGCGUUCCCGGCCGCUGCGGGCUCCGGCCGAGGAGAAAAGACUGCGAGGUGGCCGCGGCCGUGGCCGCAGAGCACAGGAUGGACCAGCCUUGAAGAGAAAAUACUACAGACUGGCUAAUGGGUGUGAAAAUGAUGUUUUAUUUUUGUGACAAGCAUCUGUGAGAUCUGUAAUAGAAAUGAUGGCUGGCUGUGGUGAAAUUGAUCACUCAGUAAACAUGCUUCCUACCAACAGGAAAGCGAAUGAGUCCUGUGCUAAUACUGCACCUUCUCUAACUGUCCCUGAAUGUGCCAUUUGUCUGCAAACAUGUGUUCACCCAGUCAGUCUGCCUUGUAAGCAUGUUUUCUGCUAUCUGUGUGUAAAGGGAGCUUCAUGGCUUGGAAAGCGAUGUGCCCUCUGUCGACAAGAAAUUCCUGAGGAUUUCCUUGACAAGCCAACCUUAUUGUCACCAGAAGAACUCAAGGCAGCAAGUAGAGGAAAUGGUGAAUACGCAUGGUAUUAUGAAGGAAGAAAUGGGUGGUGGCAGUAUGAUGAACGCACGAGUAGGGAGCUGGAAGAUGCUUUUUCCAAAGGUAAAAAGAGCACUGAAAUGUUAAUUGCCGGGUUUCUGUAUGUUGCUGAUCUUGAAAAUAUGGUUCAGUAUAGGCGAAAUGAACAUGGACGUCGCAGGAAGAUGAAGCGGGACAUAAUAGAUAUACCAAAGAAGGGAGUAGCCGGACUUAGGCUGGACUGUGAGGCCAACACCGUAAACCUAGCAAGAGAGAGCUCUGCCGAUGGAGCGGACAGUGUCUCGGCACAGAGCGGAGCUUCUGUUCAGCCGCUAGCGUCUUCGUCUGUGAGGCCCCUGACGUCAGUAGAUGGUCAGUUAACGAGCCCUGUGACACCAUCCCCAGAUGCAAGCACUUCUCUGGAAGACUCUUUUGCUCAUUUACAACUCAGUGGAGACAGCCUGGCUGAAAGGAGUCAUAGGGGGGAAGGAGAAGAAGAUCGUGAAUUACCAUCCUCAGGCAGGGUACGGGCACCAGACACCUCCAUUGAAGAGACUGAAUCAGAUGCCAGUAGUGAUAGUGAGGAUGUGUCAGCGCUUGUUGCACAACACUCCUUGACCCAACAGAGACUUUUGGUUCCUAAUGCAAACCAGACAGUAUCUGAUCGAUCAGAUCGAUCAAUAACUGAUGGAUCACUAGCAGGGGGUGGAACAGUGAGUGCCAGUGUUAGAUCUAGAAGGCCUGAUGGACAGUGCACAGUAACUGAGGUUUAAAUAAAAGUCUUCAGCUCCAUGCUCAAGGUUAAAAUGGUUAUCUGUAAAUUUCUGCCCACAUAACAUUAUACUCAUCCCUAGUAGUACAUUUUGGGAGUUGGGGUGGGAAGGGGUAUAGGAAGGAUAGACCUAUAAUUAAAAUGUCCAGUCUAACAUGUCUCUGUUGAGAAAUUUAUUUAAGGAACUUGGGUGUUAAUAGUUGAGAGCUGUUUAGUAAUAACCCAGUUUUCUUGAAGUCUGUUUAUUUUAUAGUUUUAAAAAAUUCAUUUCUUUUGGCCAGCGUGUAUGUAUUAUCUAUGCAUUAAUGGUCCCAUCUGACUUUUGCAUUUUGUCUUACUUUCCUGCAUGGAUUUACAUAAAGCCAUUACUAAAAUUUGGCACCUAUGAGAUGUCUGGUAUCAGUUUUAACAGGAAGCUUAAUUAACGUGAGAAUACAUGUGAAUUUGGGGUUUUAAAAUAGACAAAAACUAUUUAAUAGUAAAGUUACUGAAAUGGAAAUGUAAAGAAAACAUCUAAUAAUUUAUGUUUCAUAAUCUUGUCUGUAACAUAUUCAUGGCGUUCCCAUAGACUUUGCUGUCUAGUCCUUGUAGUUUGAAGUUUCUCUUGAUCGUUUUUUCGUUACAAAAUUUUUAAUUUAAUAAAUACUAGACUUUAUCAAAAAA